UUUCAAGGCAAUGUCAUCCUCUCAGCAGUUCAUCGUGUGAUCUCAUCACCGUCGGGGGAAUACUUCGCUACGUUCUGCAUGGGUGAAACUAGCACGAGUUUUUUAUGUUGUACGGGGAAAAUGAUGUACAUUAACAUCGCCGUCUUCAUAUCAGUCCUUCUACUUGUGAUUGGAUUAUCUGUGGGUCUGAGCGUAAACGUCUUUAAAGGGAGAGACGCUCUCGACUCAGCGCCGCUUAUUGAUGGUCACAAUGACUUGCCGUAUAAUCUUUAUAAGAAGCUGAGCAACAACAUAUCGGCUUUCAAUUUCAAAAGCAAUCUGAGUCAGGACGAGAUCUGGGGAAGAACCGCAUGUCCGUCGUGUUUCACCGAUCUGCCUCGCCUGACUGAGGGCAAAGUGGGUGGACAAUUUUGGGUAGCGUACGUAUCGUGCGAAUCGCAGUACAAGGAUUCCGUGCAGCUGACGUUACGACAGAUCGAUGUGAUCAAGCGGCUGAUACGUCGAUACCCGAAGAAUCUGCAGCUGGUCACCGCCGCAAGUGAUAUCGAGACCGUAUGGAGAACCGGUAGGAUAUCGUCUAUGAUUGCCGUCGAGGGCGGCCACUCCGUGGAUUCGAGCCUGGCGGUUCUGAGGCUCUUUUACGACCUCGGAGUCCGUUACUUGACACUGACUCAUACCUGCAACACGCCGUGGGCUGAUGCGUCUCCCGUAAAUGAUGGAUAUGUGUACAAUCUGACCGAGUUUGGGCAAACAAUGAUUUACGAGAUGAAUCGAAUUGGAAUGCUGAUCGAUCUGUCGCAUGUCUCGCACAACGUUAUGAAAGAGGUACUCGCGACCACGCGAGCUCCCGUCAUAUUCUCACACUCGUCCGCCUUCAGUAUUUGCAGACAUUACAGAAACGUCCCCGACGAUGUUUUGCAUCUGGUUAAAAAAAAUAACGGAAUUGUCAUGGUAAACUUCUAUAACGAAUUUGUGAAUUGCAAUAUCACGAGAAACGCAACGAUCGACGAUGUUGUAGAUCAUAUUAAUUACAUUCGAAAUCUUAUCGGUGUGGAUCAUGUUGGUAUUGGUGCAGAUUAUGACGGCGUAACCUCAAUGCCGAUAGGUUUGGAGGAUGUAUCCAAAUUUCCCGAUCUCUUCGAUCGCUUGCACGAGAAUCGUGAAAGGGAACCGACAUGGACGAGAGAAGAUUUAGAAAAAUUAGCUGGAAGAAACUUUAUUCGAGUUUUCCAAGCAGUAGAAGCGGUGCGGGAUUCCUUAUCGUCCGAAGCACCGUUGGAAGAUGUUAUAACUGGAAAUGAAUUAUACAUCGCACAAAAAAGAGAAGGACUUAAACCCGGCGCGUGUCAAACUGCGCAAGAAUGGAACAAUCUAAAUAUAUCAGAUAUCGAAUCAUUUGUAAAUCAGAAAGAGCAGAGCUAAAAGCAGAUAGCAUAAUACAAAUGUAAUGACCGAUUACUUAUCAUAGCUCCUAUCGCGUGGUAUAAGUAAUAAAUGUGAUUUACAAUGGAAUUAAUGAAGAUUAAUUGGUGUUUAUUAAAUCAUACUUAAAAAUAUCUCUUUUCUUAUAUUUUUGAUGAUAUAUAAUCUUGUAUUGUGCAGUAUGUAAAUGUAAUCGAUUAAAUUUUUUAAAAAUUUUUUUAGUUAACUUACUUUAAAUA